AUGCCAUCGACAAACAUCAUAGGCGUGAAGAUCCUCAUUGACCACGAGCACCGAGCGAACCAAUCAGUCGGCCGACAAGCAGACGACGGCACGUUAACCGUUAACGUAAAUGGAUCUAUGCCCGACCGUCGAUCCGGGCCAGUCAGAGCACGCAGAUUACAGAGUAGGCUCCGUCGAGGACGUCAAGACUUUUCUGUUGGCAAGAUAGAAAUUAAGAAUCAUGCAAUACGGAGUCGUUAA